UUUUGCUUUUUUUAACUUGAUGUCCUCUCAAGGACUAUUUUCUUGAUUUUGAAGCACUAUUUUGUGUCUACUUCACAUGAUCCUGAUGAAGUAUUAUUAGUUCGUCGUCCUAUUUCGCCUGUUAUGUGAUAGGCAUAGUUUUCAGUUCCUUAGAUUCUACAUUCCGGUAAUAUCUGGUUUUCUAAUUCUUUCCUUCAUCCUUGGUCCCUUUAAUGUCUUAUUCUUUAAUUUCAUCAUCCGUUUUCAUUUUCUGAUUCUAUUUCUUUUGGAUUGGUCAAUCGAGAGGUUUUUUUUUCAAAAAAAAAAAAAGAAAGAGACAUUAAUCUCGGAGGAGGACACGGUAUGGUACAGCUGCGUGCUUGGUUGGAAGUUGUAACUAUAUCAUAGCUAAGGCUGCAAGUUGUUUCCAGUCAUUUUAAAGAAGAUACAGGGCAACUGUAAAUUCACGAGCUAGAUUCGAAAGCUUCGUCCAUUUCCAGAAUUAUUAUAGUAAUAGAACAAUUGUAAACUACUUCACUCCUGUGUGGUUCAAUAUACCCCAAAUGAACACUGCUAAGAGCAUUACUUUAAAGCUAAAGAUAAGCCCAGAACACAAAAGAAAAGAAACUGAAGAUGGGGAACGGAUCCUCGCUGCUUCAGGACAAGGAAUGUUAGAUGUAGAACUACUUAAAAUCUCUUGCAACAACUUAAAAUCUCUUGCAACAACUGAACAUAUGGCAUCGCUGAGUAGCGAUUUAUUCUAUGACAUACUGAGGCGUCUUGAUGGUGCAACAUUGGCUAGUGCAGCAUGUGCUUGCGCAGCAUUUUCCUCCAUCUCAAAGGAAGAGAGAUUAUGGGAAAAUGUUUGCUCUUCCAUGUGGCCCUCAACAAGCAGGGAUGAUGUCAGAAGUCUGAUAUCAUCUAUUGGUGGAUUUAAAAAGUUCUAUGCUGAUUGUUUCCCUCUUAUAGUGAACAAGGAAGUUCCCGAGUUUCGGUUUAAUGACUAUCUUCACCAUCCUGAAGAAUGGAAUGAAGCUGAUUACUAUGAUGAUAUGGAUGAACUGGAAACUUUCUCACCAUCAGAUUUUGUUUCUAUAGUGGAUAUAAGGUACAAGGACCAAACCAUCUGCUCGAAAGUCCUUUGGGGCAUCCCAAAUGCUAACGGCUUCAAUGGUUGGUUUUUCAAUUGUCCUUUCCGGAUUGAUCUGCUCACCAACUCUGCCAGGGAUGAUGACCAUGCUGGUGAAGUAAAGCUCUCUGUUUCAGACGGAUUGCCUCCGAUCACAUCAAUGGAAAAAGAAAGGAAAGACGGGAAGCUUUGGCAAGAUCUCCACGAUGGAAUCCGCUUAAGUUGGAUUCUUGUGAACAGCAAAAUUAAGCAGGCUGCUAAUCUCUCAAGCUGGAGUUCUCUCGGAGGGCAGAGACAUUGGCCAACUGACAAGGAUUUUUUGAUACGAUUUGGGUCCGUUCUUCCUGCCAAGGACAUUCUUCCAUGUCCUGCAGUCGAAUGCAUCCUUUUAAUGAGGUUUAGGGUGAUCCAUACGGAGGGGAUUGGAGUCCAGACAACUCUCAAGUUGACAGAACUGAGCAUGCAACUGGAAGAUAUGGAAGGUGCUCAUGUAAAUGGCAGAAACAGUUUGCUUGUCCUAAAAGAAGCACUAAGCUGCAGGAGGAGCAAAAAUUAUAGCGAGGCCCUCGAGUCUUGUCUUCUGUACUCGAAGGUGCAGAGUGAACUAAAAGAGGAAAAGAUGAGAAAUGAAAGCAGAUUGGAUAGAAUUUUUAUUUUAGGUGGCAUUGCAGUAUGUAUGACAUUCUGUUACUACUUUUUGUGAACCCUGCAAGUGUGAUCACUUCUUCUGAUGCUUCUCUACCUGUAAAAAUCUACCAGUGGAUUGGAUUGAUGAGUACUACUAUUUUUCUUGGAAAGAUUGUCA